AUGACUAAGAAAAUCCGAAUAGACACCCCGCCAGAUCUUCCUCCUCGUCCGGUACGGCCCCCGGAGGGCGGCCAGAGCUUUGGCCAUGGCGCUCCCUCCAGCUACAAGUUUCAGUAUUCGAACUGCACCGGUCGCCGGAAGGCGCUCUUGAUUGGGAUCAAUUAUCUGGGCCAGCCAAACCAACUGAGAGGGUGCAUCAACGAUGUCACGCAGAUGUCUAUCUUCCUACACAACGUCCACGGUUAUCGAAGAGAAGACAUGGUCAUCUUGACCGAUGAUCAGAGGAAUCCCAUGAGCCAGCCCACAAAGGCUAAUAUCCUGAGGGCAAUGCGAUGGUUGGUCCAAAACGCGAAGCCCCAUGACUCGCUCUUCUUUCAUUUCUCGGGCCACGGUGGACGCACACCAGAUCUCGACGGAGAUGAGGACGACGGUUUUGAUGAUGUCAUAUAUCCUGUGGAUUUCCGCGUUGCGGGCCACAUUGUUGAUGAUGACAUGCACGAUAUCAUGGUCCGCCCUCUACUGCCGGGUGUUCGACUUACAGCUCUGUUUGAUGCGUGCCAUUCCGGAACGGCAUUGGACCUUCCUUUCAUUUAUUCGACACAGGGUGUGUUGAAAGAACCAAAUCUGGCCAAGGAGGCAGCCCAAGACCUGAUCUCCGCCCUAGCUUCGUACGAGAAGGGUGAUAUCGGAGGCAUGGCAACGACUGCCAUUGGAUUUUUCAAGAAAGCUGCGAUUGGGACCUCUGCCCGCGAGCGGUGCAUGAUAACCAAGACCUCUCCUGCGGAUGUGGUUAUGUUCUCUGGUUCCAAGGACACGCAGACAUCGGCCGAUACCUUCCAAGCUGGAGAAGCUAGAGGCGCAUUGACCUGGGCGUUUAUCAAUGCCUUGAAAAAGUACCCACAGCAGAGCUACCUGCAGCUAUUGAAUAGCCUAAGAGGAGAGCUCCAUGAUGUGAAUCUACUUUUCGUCAUGUGA